AUGGGCAACUCUGAGGAACAAGUGCGGCCGACGUCUGCUCCAACAUCGGCUCCUCCUCCGCCGGAGGUGAUUGAGCUCGGGACUCCACCGAGCGUUCGGUCCGGUUCCAGCCAACGAGAUCCCGAGUCCAGCCCGCUAGCAUGGGUAUGCGUUGUCGGGUCGUUCAUGUUCCUCUAUCCUAGCUAUGGAUUCAUGCAGUCCGUCGGGACGGUGCAGUCGUAUCUUCAAUUGAACCAGCUGAGCGACUAUACAGCUCGUGAUCUCGGAUGGAUUAGCGGCAUCUUCACCUCUCUAGGUCUCCUUCUCGGCAUCCAGGCCGGUCCGCUCAUGGAUGCCUAUGGCACGAGACUCCUAGCGCCCAUCUCCGCAGCUACCCUUGUUCCGUUGUUCUUCCUCCUGGGCGAGUGCACAGAGUACUGGCACUUCAUCCUCUGCCUCGGAGUCUUGGGCGGCAUCAGCAGUGCGCUCACUUCCACCGUUGCCAUGGCCGUCAUCGGCAAGCUUUUUAGCCGCCGUCGUGGGCUUGCAAUGGGUAUGGCUCUGUCUGGGUCAUCUUUCGGUGGCGUCACUUUAUCAAUGAUGUUCCGUUCCCUUCUUCCUAAGCUCGGAUGGCAGUGGACCAUGAGAGCGACAGGCUUCCUCGUCCUCGGCAUAAUGGUGUUGGGGGUGAUUUGCUUCCUUCCAUUUCCCACUUUGACUGCAUCCUCAUCCUCUGCUCCCCUCGGGGGAAAGAGUGCCACCCUGAACUUCUCGGCGUUCAAAAGUCCUCCAUUCGACUUCAUGACUAUGGGUCUCUUUCUGCUGGAGUUUGUCCUCUUCGGUAUCACCGGUCUUCUGCCCACCUUUGCCAUCGUCGCUGGCUUCCCGUCCAGCAUUGGGUUCUCCCUCAUUGCCAUUCUCAACGGAUGUUCAUGCUUCGGUCGCAUCGUUUCAGGUAUGGCUGGCGAUCGACUAGGUCAUCUUAAUGUACUCCUCUUUAUGAUUUUAUUUACGGUCAGCUUCACUGCGAUUAUUUUGGUUCCCUUUGGCACGAAGCACAUCGGAGCGUUAUAUGCCUUUUCGGCGUUAUGGGGUAUCGGGUCUGGGUCUUUCCUUUCAAUCACGCCCGUUUGCAUCGCAAAGACCUGUGACCCAAAAGACUACGGAAGAUACCUCGGCACCAUGAACUUUGUCGUCAGUUUCUCACUUUUGAUUACCGUGCCCAUCGGCGGACAGAUGUUGGAGUCUAUGGGCGGAACUGCUCUCUCUGGCUUCUACGUGGCUGUCCUUUUCCUAGGCGGAGUCUCAUACUUUGCUGCACGAUCUUUGUUAGUUGGUGGCUGGUUUACAUUUAGAACUAGGAUUUGA